AAUUAAAGUAAGCGUUUUUUUUUUACUUUUAAAUUGUUUUUGAAUGAAAACGCGUGCACAAGAUGACAAUAACUAUAGUCGAUCAAAAGUUUCCAAAAGUAAUGUGAAUACAAUAACAAAAUAGUAUUUUGUUAACAAAAAAAAUUUUUUCAUCAAAAUAGCAUUAAAAUUAUUAGGAUUCAACAAUAAUAAAUAUUUUCAAAAAAAUUAUAAUCAACGUUUCAAUAUAAUUAUUUAUUGAUAUAGAGAAUAUUUUUUUCUUAUUUUAAUAGGAGUAAAAUAAAGAAUGUUUAUUAGUCGAUGGACAAGAACUUUUCCAUUUUCUGAAAUUUUCUUUAUUCUUUGCUUUCUGCUUAUUUUUUUAAAGCAAAGUAAUGCUCAGGAUCCAAAUUGUAAUUUUUUACUUGACGUACAACCAGGAAAAUCAUAUUAUAUAAGGAGUCCUAAUUAUCCACAAAAUUAUUAUGGAGAAAAUAAUUGUAAAUGGGAUAUCAAAAGUUCUUAUAAAUUGAGCUUUAAUUGUGAUAUAUUUGAUGUUCCUCCGGUUUACAAUACUUGUCAAUAUGAUCAUGUCCUCUUUUAUGAAAAUCCAAGUGAUACAAAUAAAGUUCCAUUACGUUUAUGUGGAAAUGGUACAGUUUCAAGAAAUUCCGAGGGAAAUAGUUUGUUAAUUACUUUUCGAAGUUACUAUAAUUCACCAGGUGGAAAAUUUUCAUGUAUCGUCGAAGCAAUUGAUGAUGAAAAUUGUCGAUGUGGUUGGAAAAAUCCGGGGAGAAUAGUCGGUGGCGAAGACGCUGGAUUAAAUGAAUAUCCAAUGAUGGUAGGAAUCGUUGAUGAAAUAAAUCAACAAGUUUUUUGUGGUGGUGCAAUUAUAAGCACUAAACACGUUUUAACAGCAGCUCAUUGUUUAAAAACAAAAAAUCCCAAUGAUUUGGGUGUUCUUAUUGGCGAUUAUGAUCUUUCCACUGGGGCUGAUGCGAAUUCGAUGACAUUUCCCGUGGAGAAAUUUACCAAUCAUCCCUCUUAUAUAGCAACUCAGCGUAAUAGUGAUUUUGAUAUAUCCAUAAUAACAGUUUACGGUAAUAUUCCAUUUACAAAUAUUAUUGGUCCAGCGUGUCUUCCAUUUCAGCAUAGUUGUGAUGGUUUUAGUGGGUCUUUCGUUGAAUUCUUAGGAUGGGGAACGACUGAAUUAGCUGGAGCAACAUCAAAUAUUUUACAAAAAGUUGAAGUCAGUGUAAUUAAUCUAUCAAAAUGUAAAAAAUCAUUUCCUAAUAUUAAUGAUCAUCAGUUGUGCACGCUUACCGAAGGCAAAGAUGCGUGUCAGUUCGAUAGCGGAGGUCCAGUUUUGUGGCAAAAUCCAACAACACGAAGACUCGUAGUUGUUGGAAUUACAGGUUAUGGUGUUGGUUGUGGAUCAAAAAUCCCAGCAGUUAAUACUCGAGUAGGUGCCUUUUUAGAUUGGAUCCAAUCCGUUACUCAAGGUGUAAAUUACUGCAAGGCUGAGUAAUUUUAACAGACAGUCACUAUAUAUAGAAAGAGAAAAAUAUCUAACCAAAAAUAAAAAAAAGAAAAUAAAUGAUCAAUGUAUUUUAAAGGAAAAAUAAUAGAAAUAAAAGUGUUACACUGAGCAA